AUGAUCUCUUCUCUCUCUGCACUAUCUGUCGACUUGUAUGUGUCUGGUUUAUGGUUAUAUCACGAAGUUUUGGCUCUAAUGCAAGCAACUUUGACCUUGAUGCUAGAAAUCACCUACACGGUGUAUACGGGAAUAGCGGCUUUUUGCGAAUGGACAUAUUUGGUUAUAAAGAGUAUAAUUGCAGUCAUUUUUAACAAAGUUUUGGCUCCUCUAAUGCAAAUUAUUCUGGCAACUUUGACCUUGAUGCUAGAAAUCACCUACACUAUGUAUACGGGAAUAGCGGCUUUUGGCGAAUGGACAUAUUUGGUUACAAAGAGUAUAAUUGCAGUCAUUUUUAAAGUGCUAUGGAUAAUAUUGUUUAAACCCAUUUAUACACUUUUAGUAUUGGUUUAUACGGGAUUGGUCACAGUCUUUUUAGGAUUAUAUAAAUUGGGUACAGUGAUAUUAUCUCAAUCGAUGGCAUUAAUCCUAUAUUCUUGGAGUCUUAUCCAAGAUUUAUUCAUAUUAUUGUAUAAUAUUCUGUCAUCUCUCUUCAUUGCUAUUUCUGAACUGUUCAUUAGCAUCUAUAAUGUUAUCUAUGAUGGAAUGGUUCUCAUGAGUGAGGUGGUGAUUGGAACAAUCACAUUUGUGAGUGGUAUCAUAUAUGCCCCGUGUAUAUGGUUGGCACAGUUUGUUAAUGAGUUAUAUGGUACAUGUCAGGCUGUUGUGGUGGAUACAGUGGCUGCUGUCUCUGGGGCGAUUGAUAAUACUGUUGUUGCUGUCGGCGACGCUAUGAUGGAGUGGGUUAAGACGGAACAAGCGGUGAGAGAAGCGAUACGAGGUAGUACAUCAUAA